UGACGCGCGGCGGGUCGCCGGAAGCGGCGGCGAAGGCGCUUCCGCGUGUCGGCGCCGGCGGCGGUUCCGGCGGGCGCGGAGGUACCUCCAGACCUCGCUGCCAACGCCGGUCCCCGCCGGCGCCCGUCCCCGCGGCCAUGGCGGAGGCCGUCCACUACAUCCACCUGCAGAACUUCAGCCGUUCGUUGCUGGAGACCCUCAACGGGCAACGCUUGGGCGGCCACUUCUGCGACGUGACGGUUCGCAUCCGCGAGGCCACCCUACGGGCCCACCGCUGCGUCCUGGCCGCCGGCAGCCCCUUCUUCCACGACAAGCUGCUCUUGGGUCACUCGGCCAUCGAGGUGCCGCCCGUCGUCCCCAGCGGAGCCGUGCGGCAGCUGGUGGAGUUCAUGUACAGCGGUUGCUUGGUGGUGGCUCAGUCGGAAGCUCUGCAGAUCCUCACCGCCGCUUCCAUCCUCCAGAUCAAGACCGUCAUCGAUGAAUGCACCCAGAUCAUCUCCCAGAGCCGCGGGCCCAAGGCGCUGCCCCCUCCGCCCCGCCCGCCGCGCCCCGACCCCGCCCCGGCGCCCACCGACCCCCGCCACAAGCCCCUACCGGCACCGGCACUGGCACCGCCGGAGCCCGACGUCCGCUUCGGUCCGGCCGAGCCGGCGCCGAGCUGUCACAGCCGCAAGCAACGCCAACCUCUGCGGCUCCAGCUGCCGGUUAAGGAGGAGGAAGAGGAAGAGGAGGAAGCGGGGGGCACCGCCGCCGGUGAGGAAGGCUUCGCCCCCCCACCCUUCGCCGCCGAGGAACCCCCAUUUUUUGGCGCCCCCGAGGUCUUCGCCGACGCCUUCCUGCCCCCCUGGCCCGGCGAGGAGGGGGGCAAGUUCGGGCCCGACUGCAGCCUGGAGGCGCUGGGCCGGGCGCCGGCGUUCGGGGCCAAGGGGGUGACGGGGGGCAACGGUUUUGGCUUCGCGCCGCCGCCGCCGCUCUACGAGGGGGGAGCAGAGGCGGGGCUGGGCGGGGCGGGCGUCGCCCCGACCCCCGAGGCGCCCCAGCCCGGCCCCUCGCGUUGCCCCGAGCCCUCCUACCAGUGCGGCCACUGCCAGAAGACCUUCAGCUCCCGCAAGAACUACACCAAACACAUGUUCAUCCACUCCGGCGAGAAGCCCCACCAGUGCUCCAUCUGCUGGCGCUCCUUCUCACUCCGUGACUACCUGCUGAAGCACAUGGUGACCCACACGGGCGUCCGCGCCUUCCAGUGCGGCGUCUGCUGCAAACGCUUCACCCAGAAGAGCUCCCUCAACGUCCACAUGCGCACCCACCGCCCCGAGCGCUUCCAGUGCCGCCUCUGCACCAAGGGCUUCUCCCACCGCACUCUCCUCGAGCGCCACGCCGCUGCCACCCACCCCGUGCCACCGCCGGGGCCACCGCCGGGGCCACCACCACCUGAACCUGGGCUGGCAACGUGGCCAGGCGCCGAGGCCGCGGGUGCUGGCCCUGCUCACACAGCAUAAAGGUGCCCCGGGGAGGGGCCCUGCCACCCCUGAGCUGCUUCGGGGGUGGGCUUUGGGGCUCCCCCCAUGCCCAUGGAUGAGCCUCCGGGACUGUUUGAGCACCCUGGGGUGAAACCUGGAGGACUCUGACCCCACUGCAGCCAUGGAUUUGAUGCCCUGCAUGGACAGAUGGAGGGAGAUGGGGGUCCGUCCCGCUUGUCCCCUCCCAGCGACAUGGCUUCCGUCCCCCCAAACUGCGGUGGUGGGGGCGGUUAAACAGACUUGAUGCCGCUGGCGGGUGGUGAAAAAUCAACACGCGGGUUUUAAGGACCAUUUUAGUGAUGUUAAUUGUGAUUUUUCCCCCCCCCUCUAAAAAAAUCCCCCCCUCCACAAUG